AUGUCCCCAUCUCGGGCACUUGACCGGAAAGAGACAUUGGCGCGAAAUUAUCUUGGUACUGGACUCUCAGUGGCGUUGGGCGUCGCGCUUGGAGCCAUUAUGGUAUACUCCGUACGGAGGACACGGAGGAUAGUCAUGAAAAUGAGAGGGAAAAUUUGCUGGUACUGGACCACUGGACUACUGGACACCCCGACUUAA